AUAUAAAAACACCUUCAAAAAAUCAAAAACCCAAACCCUCCCAAAUCGUGCGCACAGUUUUCUCUCUCUCUCUGUGAAAGCCGCAGGUGUGUGUUCUAACUUCUAAAAAUUCGAUCGGUAGGGUUUUGGGUUGUGAUUCUCUGCCUCGGUCCUAUCAAUUCCAAUCCGAUACUUAAGCAGUAAGAUUUGAUUAGGGUUUUGGUGAAAUUUGAACGAUUUCUGAUAAACCAAAAAGAAAGCAAGCAUGUCGCUGAGGCCGAACACGAGGACCGAUGUCCGGCGGAACAGGUAUAAGGUGGCAGUGGAUGCGGAGGAGGGACGGAGAAGGAGGGAAGACAACAUGGUCGAGAUCCGAAAGAGCAAGCGCGAGGAGAGCUUGCAAAAGAAACGAAGAGAAGGCCUCCAAGCUCAGCAAUUUGCUCCAACGCCAAACAUCUCCAACCUCGAGAAAAAGUUGGAGAGUCUUCCAACGAUGGUUGCUGGAGUGUGGUCUGAUAAUAGUGAAAUUCAGCUGGAAACCACUACCCAGUUCCGGAAAUUGCUUUCAAUUGAACGAAGCCCUCCAAUCGAGGAAGUUAUCCAAGCAGGAGUUGUUCCGCGCUUUGUUGAGUUUCUUGUCAGAGAGGAUUUCCCACAACUUCAGUUUGAGGCUGCUUGGGCCCUCACAAACAUAGCAUCGGGAACCUCAGAGAACACCAAGGUGGUAAUUGAUCAUGGGGCGGUUCCAAUUUUUGUAAAGCUACUAGGAUCUCCAAGUGAUGAUGUCCGUGAGCAGGCUGUGUGGGCAUUGGGAAAUGUUGCUGGUGAUUCCCCUAGAUGCCGUGAUCUUGUCCUCAGCCAUGGAGCUUUGAUUCCAUUGCUAUCACAGUUAAAUGAACAUGCAAAGCUUUCGAUGCUGAGAAAUGCAACAUGGACACUCUCAAACUUUUGCAGGGGCAAGCCACAACCGCCUUUUGAUCAGGUGAGGCCAGCUCUUCCAGCCUUAGAGCGUUUAGUUCAUUCAAAUGAUGAAGAAGUCCUAACAGAUGCCUGCUGGGCCCUAUCGUAUCUGUCUGAUGGUACAAAUGAUAAAAUUCAAGCUGUGAUUGAGGCAGGUGUAUGUGCUCGACUUGUACAGCUCCUCCUACAUCCAUCCCCUUCAGUGCUCAUUCCUGCCCUUCGUACAGUAGGAAAUAUUGUGACAGGAGAUGAUUUUCAGACUCAGUCUAUAAUCAACAAUGGUGCACUCCCUUGCCUUCUGAGCCUGUUGACACAUAAUCAUAAGAAGAGCAUAAAGAAAGAAGCUUGCUGGACCAUAUCAAACAUUACAGCUGGAAACAGGGAACAAAUACAGGCUGUUAUUGAAGCUGGUUUAAUAGGACCUCUGGUCAAUCUGCUCCAAAAUGCUGAGUUUGAUAUAAAGAAAGAGGCAGCAUGGGCAAUUUCAAAUGCUACCUCUGGUGGUACUCAAGAGCAAAUUAAGUACCUGGUUAGUCAGGGAUGUAUAAAACCAUUAUGUGAUCUUCUUGUCUGCCCAGAUCCAAGGAUAGUCACUGUCUGUUUAGAGGGGUUAGAGAACAUUCUGAAGGUUGGGGAAGCUGAGAAGAAUCUGGGUAACAAUGGAGAUGUCAACUUGUAUGCCCAGAUGAUUGAUGAUGCUGAGGGCUUAGAAAAGAUCGAAAAUCUACAGAGUCAUGAUAACAACGAGAUCUAUGAAAAGGCUGUUAAAAUACUGGAGACAUAUUGGUUGGAGGACGAGGAUGAGGCAUUACCCCCAGGCGAUGUUUCACAGUCAGGCUUCCGCUUUGGAGGGAAUGAUCUUCAAGUUCCAUCUGGUGGAUUCAAUUUUAGCUGAAGGUAAGCAAAACGUGUUUCACUACACUGUGGUAUGACGAACUACCAUCCGAAGGAAGUACAAACGCAGAUGUAUUAGCUCCUCAUGACUACUGAGUGUCCUUUUUGCUUUCCUGUUUUGAUUUACAAAAUUUGCAGAAACUCAUAGCUGAUGGUAGCACAGAAGUUUCAUACCAAGGGUGAUUUUGGGGUCAAGUUGGGUUGGGUCGGGUCAGGGCAUUUCGCCGAGUCUGGUUACAGUCUGGUCCAGUGUCCAUUGAAGUCGAAACGGUGCCAUGGUGGGUCGGUUCAUGCUGCUAGUGUGACCAAAUAAGAUAAAGGAUAAUUGGGCUGAGUGGUUCCAUCAUGGCGUCUGGUCUUUAACAGUGUGCAGUAACAUUGCCUGGUACCAUGGAAUAUGGAAAGUGUCCUAGAGGCCUAUUGUUGCAUAAGCAAGAGCUCUUUCACUUUAAUGGGUGUGCCAGUGAGGGUUUCUUUAAUGGGGCAGUGGGUCUGCUAUUAUUAUUGUUAUUAUUGUUAUUUUUUCUGUUCUUUUCGGUCGGAGUCGAUUAUGUACUAGUAAUUUAUACUAGAGUCGGGAUCUGUUAUUUUUACUUGUUGAGUGAGUACAGUAUUCAUAAACUAGUUUCGGUUGUAUUGCAGGGAAAGGAAUUAGUUGUGUUUUGGUUUAAAUUCCUUGUGAUUAAUGUAGUGAAAAUGGUUCAUUUCAAAUA